AUGCAACGAGUAGCCCCCAACACGGUGAAGGAAGCCUUGGCAAGGGUAGUGAUUCCGAAAUAAACAUCUCAGCCAAACAUUUGUCCAGAACAUAACAACUUCUUCCAUAUCCCUCCAAAGUUUCAGCAAUAGCGUUUAACUAUCAAAUAAGCAGUGCCUACCUCCAAAUCUAUUGAAGAGAAACGAUAUAAGCAACACAAAAACAAUAUCUCGGAAAAUAACAACAAUCGUACUAACAGCAGUUCUAAAAGUCGUGUUUCUGCUUUUGCCACAAUGUAAGUUGAAGAUGAUUCAUUGUAUGGAUCUUAAAAUGGACUCAAAUUACGUAAAAUAAUUGGUGAUGGUCACAUCUUAUCGACAAAUAUACUUCAACAACUGUAUGUGUACACUUUAUUAUAUAGAUCUAAAUAGAAUCUAACUAGCAACCUCACGAGUGAUUCUUAGAGUCCUGGUCAAAGGAAACCUGUCAAAAGGAAUUAAGAACUUUGGAAUCUCAAUACUUAAAUCCAAGCCUCUUUAAUAAACAACAAAUAAUACUCCAGGUGGGAAUUUCAUAAAGAGUAUUUAAUAAAACAACAAAAGAAUAUGCAAUUAUAUAAGCAACAAUUUGUAUCAUUAAGUGAUUUGAGUGAUGUCUAAUAAUAAAUAAUCAAUAAUUUAUUAGAACUCUUCAAUUGUAUGUGUAUACAAGUCUUAUGUGAAUAAGAGGAGAAGUUUUAUGAGAUGAUUGAUUAAAUACGUAGAGAAAAGGAUUUAUGGUAAAAUAAUUAUAAGUAAAUUGAGUAAGAGAGAGAUAUCCUACUUGAAACAGUUAAAUAAUUAAAAACACCAAAAUAGAUACCAAAUAACAAAAAUACAUAAAGUAAUAAUAUUGAUAGCAUGGAUACAAUAUAAUUGAAAGAAAUGCAAGAUGUAAUGUAAUAAAAGAUUUAAGAGAUGAGUGAAAAGGAAGCAAAAUUAAUUAAAUUGGUUUUAGCUAUUAAAAAGAGUGGUGUUGAUAUUGAAAAAAUCUAUAAUGAAGAAGUCUUAAAUGAUGAUAGUGUUGCUGAAUAGACAGAGAAAUCUAUUGUUUAAAAACAUUAACAUUAUGAGAGAAGUGUUCAUGAUGCAGACAAUUCUGUUAUAAAUGAUUCUGAUGAAUCCAGUUUUUGUUUCCUUAAUAGAUUUGAUAAUGAAUCUAUUGUAGAAAGUGUUAGAAAAUUUGAGUAUAAAAAUACCAAUAUUCUCGAUACUAAAUCUAAUGUGAAAUUGAAAUUGGAUUUAUCGAAUAUUUAAAAGAAAAAUACAUCUACUUAAGUAAAUUAGAAAUAAUAGAAUCAAAAAUAAACUAUUUAAUAACAUCAAUAGAAAUAAAUGUAAAAACUUAAACUUCCAGAUCAUACAGAUAAUGUUGGUUUUCAUUAAGAAUUUAUGUAAAAAUUAAAUGAAUUCUCUGAAAGUUGGAGAAUAUAAGCAUUAAAAGAUGAAAAAAGAACUAAAUCUUGA